AUGGCGUCCUUCUUUCAGUCGUUCCGCAACUCGUCGAUGGCGAAGCAGCUGCUUCGCUUUGCGCUUUCGCGCCUCGACCUCCUCGAUACGCAGGCUCUCGACCUAGAGAAUCUCGACCUUGCGAUUGGCCGGAAUACGGUGUUUGAGUUUCGAGAUGUUGGGUUGAUUCUGGAGAAACUCGAGCGGCUUCUCGGGCUGCCCCUAGCGUUUACCCUCCAACGGGCCAAGGUCCUCGUUCUCCGAGUUACAAUCCCGAUGGACUUCUACACGAGUCCUAUUACAGCCGAAAUCGACGGUGUCGACAUCCGCGUCAAGGUCACAACGAAACAAGAGAAUGACCAGGGCGACAACGGGGAGGAUAAAAAUGCCGAGGAAGUAGUGCCAACGGCAGCGGACCUCGCGCAGUCCUUUCUGGAAACACAACCGAUGGCGAAAACGAAAGAGCUGGAGCAAGCGCUGGCAGAGACACAGGACCUCGCGGCCUCAGUCGCCACCAGUGAAUCCGGGAGCGACGAUGGCUCUGCAUCUCUAGGCACCGGCCAGGCCCUCUCGCUUCCCACCUUUCUAGCCAACUUCUUGCAGGGCAUUGUGGAUAGGAUUCAAGUUCGUGUACAGGGCGUCACUUUCCAGGUCGAUAUGACCGUGGCGGUCGAUCCCAGCUCCACGACUGCAGAACCCGUUACUUUCCAGCUCUCGGUCGACAGCGUCAUCGUGGAGGGCGUGACGGUGACGACAGGGGUGGAGGCGAAGACGGAUGGAUCGUCCACGAUAGUGCCCAAGGAGGGCAAACGCCAGGUCGUGCUGGACAACAUCCGGGCUGCUUUGAUUACGGAAGCGAACGUGUUUUCGUCGCUGGUCCUAAGCCCGUCGAUGCCAUCGUCUGCGGCGUCGCGCUCACCCGCGGUGAGCCAAGCGCCGAGCUUCAUUGCCCGUGACUUGGCGCAGAGUGCCGGCCUUCGAUCAACUGCCGGCUCUGAUGGAGAGGAUUCCGAUCUCGGCUCACUCUCGCAAAGCCAAUACCCGAUCCACGACAGCGCAGCCGCCUUGAAUAUUCCCUGGGAACUUGAUGACAACGACAGCGAUUUGAAUCCACCAGCAGAUCCAGAAUCAACACUGUCAACGCCGAGGGCGUCUGUAUACCGAGGCUCGCCGCCUCCACCACCCGUCAUCACAGAGCAUGCGCAAUCGACGGUACUCGAGUCCUCGCCGGCGCAUUGGUCGACGACAGAAGCGGACCGUGAAGCGCGGUCGGAGCCCUUCCUACGACCCCCUGAGGGGUUCUCGCUCUCUAACGACCCAUCACCAGCGGCCUCGGUGCAUUCGAGCCGAAGUUCGCGGGGGUCUGUGGCAGACGACUUGGCACAAUCACAUAUUUACAGCCAUGAGGAGGCCGAGAGCAUGUACAUGAGUGCGUUCUCGCAGACUGGGGCCUCCAAGGUGCGCAGUGGUAUGCCGGGUGCAUGGGAUACGGAUGAGGAGGAAGAGGAAGCCGAUACGACUCAAACGGCCGAAUACGGGGCUACGGCAGCUACAGUAUCUUCCCUGCCCACUCCGACGGAUGUUCACUCUCAUCAGGUGGAUGAUUUUGAGGAGCAGCUUGCUUCAUUCGGCGCGCGACGAGACUCCCAGCUAGGUGAGGAUGUGUUACCCGAGGAGUCAGUUUCUCAGGGACAUGAAGAAGGGGAAACGACUGGUGUGGACGGCCAAGAUGUCCCCGUUCCAGAGCCUGAGCCACCACAAGACGACAUCCCAACACCGCGGGGGCCGACCCGGUUGGCUAAGGAGAUUCUAUCGCUCAGCUCGGUUUCCAUCUACAUCCCGUCAAAUCCCAAACAUAUCGACGUGAGCGCUCCCGACCUUGGCAAGUCGGUAUCCCCCCAUCUUCCCGGGGCGUUUUCGGUGCACUCAGGGUCGGUUAUGAGCCCCAAGCUGGCCGCAGUGGACGACAACGCCCCGGCGGCCGUGGAAGACACAACAACGGGCGUUGACUCGUCUAUUGAGAUCAUUGUGAAGCCUGUCGAGGUCCGGUUUGACGCUUCAGUUGGGUUCCUUCUGGCCAUGAUCGUCUCUCGGCUCUUGGAGGCCGCGCAGAGUGAGUCGAAAGAGAAGGGGACGAAGAAGAGCAGCGAUGCUGCGACUUCGGCGACUACUAGCGCUCAGCCACAACCUUCGCAAACUCCGGAUGUCAAGGUGACGGUGGAUGAGUUCUCGGUGCUUUUCCUAGAGAAACUUGCAGGGGUGGCAGAUAUCCCGCAAAGGCGGCUCGAGAAGCCGGCGAACGAUUUCAGCACCGAUGUGCUGCUGCAAGCGCAGCUGGUGGAUUUACGGGGUUCGCUAUCUACGAAAGGUCUACAGAAGGAUGUGACGUUCGGCGUCGAGAAGCUGCGGUUUGGGUAUGGAAACGACGACAUCAUCUCGUUCGACCGCUCCGUGUUGUUGUUCGAGUCCGUGGCCAACACAUUCCCGUCGGCGGGACAGGAUAUCUCGAUCAAGGCCGCGAUCGGACCGGAUUCUUCUCGCUUCGACGUCAAUACGCUGCCGCUGCAUGUCAAGCUGGAUCUGCCCAGGCUAGACGAGACAUUCAGCUGGUUCGGCGGGCUCAGCAGCCUCCUUAACCUGGGCGCUUCCAUCACGUCUAACACAUCAGGGGCCGGCAAGGGAUCAACCCCAGCCAAACAGGGGCCGAAACCGAAGGGCGUCCGGUUCGACGAACCCAUUCAACCCGACGACCGCAGCGCGAUCAAGGAGAACAAAACAGACGUGCGCGUCAACGGCCUCCGCGUCGACGUCGUGGGCAGGGAGUGCAGCGCGAUCCUGAACACCAGCGCACUUAAGAUGGUCAGCCGGGAAGGAGGCAUCGGCAUCCACCUCAGCCGGGUCCGACUGUCGGGCCCUUACCUCCGGCACUCGCGAGCCUCCGAAGCGCCGGUCGUGGUUGAGCUGGUCGACACGCGGGCUGAGUUUGUUGCCGUCCCUCGGCCUAAGGAUCUCGAGAGAUUGCUGGAACUCAUCACGCCGUCCAAGAUCAAAUUCGACGAGGACGAGGACGAAAUCAUGGUCGAUACGCUACUGCGACAGCGGAGAAAGGGUCCCGUGCUCUCGCUGACAAUGGGCCAGGUCCGUGUUGACGCCGCUGCGCUGCAGCAGCUGGACUGCGUGCCGGGACUGGUGGAUGAUCUCGCUAAGCUUGGCACUGUGGCCAAGUAUCUCCCUGAAGACGAUCGACCCGGCAUGAUGACGCUGUGUCAUGUGAAGAAUGCCGAUUGUCGGGUUGAUGUGGGCGGGCGGUUUGGGGUGGUCCAAGCUGGGCUGACGGACUUGGAGGUUGCGCAUAUUUCGGUGCCGCAGCUGGUGGCGGUUGCGCUGGGGGAGGUGUCGGUUGUACGGAACAAGAUUGAGGAGCUUGUGGUGACGUCGCCUGCUCCGACGACGGCUACAACGGCGACGGCGACGGCUCUAGCGGGCGGCUCCACGGAAAAGCCGCCGGUGUUGAUGAUGCGGCUGAUUGAUGACAUGGAGCCGGUGCUGAAGAUCAAGCUUAUGGGGCUGGGUCUGGAGUACCGGGUGCCCACGAUCAUGGACGUGUUGGGGCUUGCGGAGAAUGUGUCGCCGGAGGAUUUCGAGGCCGGGCUGGCGGCGUCGGUGGCGAACCUCGGGGAGCAAGCCCACGCUGCGAUUAAGAGAGAAGCGCCGCUCUCGUCCUCAUCGCCGUCAUCGUCGACAGCCGGCCCUGCGACCGCGGCCAACGCGAACAAAAACCCGCCCAAGCCGCUCAAAGUGGACGUUGCAUUCCGGGACUGUCUCAUCGGCCUGAACCCCCUGGCGCUGACAUCGAAACUGACCGUCGUCCUCACCGACGCGCAUCUCGAGAUGGCGCCGGGCAGCGAUACAGUGACCGCCGUCACGACUAUGAAGCGUGCUGCGAUCCUGCUGAUCGACGACACUUCCAUUCUCGACUCACCGGGCGCACCGUUCACGUCGACACGCCGGCCCCAGGCCACCCCCUCGGCACAGGUUACGGAGCUGUGCGCCAAGGGGUAUGUCAACAUCUGUCAGAUCUCAGCGGCCAAGGCUAUCGUUAAGGCGUCCAAGGCCCCCGAGGGCGAAGAUGGGAAUUCGAGUACGCAGUUGGAGGUGGAAGUGCACGAUGACUUGCUCGUGCUGGAGACGUGUGCCGACUCGACACAGACGCUGAUUGCGCUGGCCAAUGCGCUGACGCCGCCGACACCGCCGAGUAAGGAGAUCAAGUACCGGACGUCGGUGGUACCCGUGGAGGAUUUGUUGGCGUCGAUUCGGGCGGAAGCGUUCGGUCAGGCGGAGGGUGAGUAUGACUUUGAUAACGACUUUGAGCUUGCGCAGGAUCUGGGCGGGGUAGGCGAGGGUAGUGAGGUGGAUUUUGCGGCUGGGCCUAGUGAGACGGAGAGUCCGCUGAACGUGGACUCGCAGUACUUUGGGAAGGCUGGGACGGGAACACCGGGCGCGAGGAUGACGAUUCAGGAGGAGCUGUUUGAUGCUACAUCGGAUUCGAUCCUGGAAAAGUUCGGCACUCGGGUCGAGGAGACCAGCGACGGGGUUCUGCUCAGCACGGCGGAGGACGCGCACAGCAAUCAUGGCAGCAGCGGCGAUCUAUCGAUCCACGACGACUACUUUGCCAAAGGGGCCGCCCCCCACGGCACGGCGCACCGCUGGAACUCCAAGGCCAACCGGUACGAUUCCCCCGAUGAGCAGCUCACGGACCAGCGGAACCCACUUAAGCUGUGUGUCCGCGACGUGCAUGUCAUCUGGCACCUGUUCGACGGCUACGACUGGGUGCGCACGCGCGAGGUCAUCGCCAAGGCCGUGCAGGAGGUCGAGGCGAAGGCACACGAGCGACGGACGCGGACGAACCCGAACAGGGGCGGAGGAGGAGGAGGGGGUUAUGAUCUCGAGUUUGAUGAGGACGAGGCUGUUAUCGGGGACUGUCUGUUUAACUCGAUUUAUAUCGGUAUUCCGGCCAACCGUGACCCGCGCGAGCUGACCCAGGCCAUCAACCAGGGCCUGCAGGACUUUGGCGAUACCGAGUCUGUCGCCACCAGCAACGUGACGACCACGACCCUGCGUGCUCACCAGCAGCAGGGACAUCAUCGUGGCCGGGCCAAGAGCCUGAAGCUGGGCCGCAGCAAGCGCCACAAGAUCACGUUUGAGCUGAAGGGGGUCAGCGCCGACGUGGUCAUGUUUGCGCCCGGGUCGGGGGAAACCAUCAGCUCGCUGGACGUGCGGCUGCGCGAUGUUGAUGUCUUUGAUCAUGUCCCGGAGUCGACGUGGAAGAAGUUUGCCAUGUACGACAUCGACGCCGGCGAGCGCGAGAUGGGCGCCAACAUGGUCCACGCCGAGGUCAUCACCACCCGGCCCGUUGACACCCCGGCCACGGAACUGGUUAUCAGCGCGACGAUUUUACCCUUGCGCCUGCACGUCGACCAGGACGCGCUCGAUUUCAUCACCCGGUUCUUCACCUUCCGCGACGAGUCCGCCCCCGUCCACGCCACCCCGAGCGAUGUCCCCUUUGUCCAGCGCAUCGUCGUGAACAGCAUCCCCGUCAAGCUGGACUUCAAGCCCAAACGCGUCGACUACGCCGGCCUGCGCUCGGGCAAAACCACCGAGUUCAUGAACUUCAUGAUCCUCGAGGAAGCCCGCCUCGUCCUACGCCGGGUCAUCCUCUACGGCGUCUCCGGCUUCGACCGUCUCGGCGAACAGCUCAACGACAUCUGGACCGCCGACGUCAAGCGCCACCAACUCCCCGGCGUCCUCGCCGGCCUCGCCCCCGUCCGCUCCCUCGUAAACGCCGGCUCCGGCUUCCGCGACCUCAUCGAGAUCCCCAUCCGCGAAUACCGCAAGGACGGCCGCAUCGUGCGCAGCCUGACAAAAGGCGCCACGGCAUUUGCCAAAACCACCGGUACCGAAGUCGUCAAACUCGGCGCCAAACUCGCUAUCGGCGCGCAGUCUGCUCUCCAAGGCGCCGAGGGCCUCCUCGUCCCGCACGACUCCGGAGAUGGUAACUACAGCGGCGGAAUGGGCAGUACCCCGCCCUCCGCAGCAGCCGCAGCCGCCCUGCUAGGCGACGACUGGGACGAAGACGACUACGAAGAGGAAAUCCACCGCAAGAUCUCCCUCUACGCCGACCAACCUUUGGGUAUCAUCCAGGGCGUGCGCGGGGCAUAUGCUAGUCUUGCGAGAGACCUGUCGGUGGCGAGGGAUGCGAUUAUUGCUGUUCCCGCAGAGGUCAUGGAGAGUCAGGGGGCGCAGGGGGCUGCGAAGGCUGUGUUGAAGAAGGCGCCGACUAUUAUUUUACGCCCGGCGAUUGGCGCGACUAAGGCGAUUGGGCAGACGCUGUUGGGGGCGACGAAUAGUUUGGAUCCGAUGCAGCGGAGGAGGGUGGAGGCUAAAUACAAGAAACAUUGA